UGAGUCCGAACGGUUUUAACGCCGCGGCAAUAAAACCGUUCGCGCCAUUGCGCCAAACUAGAGCGGUUUUACCGUUCGCGCUUUGAGCCAAACUAGAACGGUUUUAGGUUAGGAAGUUUAUACUCCAUUCUCAUACAGAUUUUGGUGACGAUAGAACGUUUUUUACUAAUUGUUCAGUGUUUUAUUACUUUAGCUAGUCAAGUUAAUUUUUAUUAUAUUAUAAUCGUAUAUCCAAAUUUGCAUUUUGUUGUAUUAAGUAUUGUGAAAUUGAAUAAUUACUUGUUUAAGCUGUAUUCAGUAGGUACUAGGUAAGUUAAAAAACUAGAAUAAAAUAAUACAAUACAACUUUUAUACAAUUAAAACAGUGGCACAAGGGUGAGAAGAAUUGGAUAAGCCCUCAAAUAUCAGGCCCUGCAAUAGAGAUACCUCUUGUAUACUUUUAAAAAAUAUCACAUGACUGAAGCUGUCAUCCCUCAGAAAAUUACCUAUUUGUGCCAUUGCCAAUUAAAUGAUAAUUUAUAGUUCUUAAUAUUAAUUAUUAUCCAUGCAUUAAACUUAUUUAGAAUGGAUUUUAAUCGGUGUAUUUACCACUAUAACAUGGUAAUUGGUAUUGCUGAAGCUUUUGGCCAAUUAGAUCCACAAGCCCCAGAUAGAAAAUAUUGGGUCUAUCCAAUUAAUUCAAACCGUGAAUCAUCAGGACAGUUUGAUUCAUUUUAUGAAAACAUUAGAUGUUAUCCAGACAAAUUUUUGGAAUAUUAUAGAAUGUCCAUUACAACGUUUGACGAAUUACUGGAAAAAAUUUGUCCUUAUAUAACAAAGCAGACCACACCAUUCCGAAAUCCUAUAACUGCUGAACAACGACUUACUAUUACAUUAAGGUAAAUUACAUUUCUAACCUAAUAUUACUCUUAAAAUGGAAGAUUGAUACAAAAUUUCUUA